AUGGUGCACACUCCGAAUUGCGACACUCUACCACCCUUCAUAGUAACGGAAGAAUCGGUAGAAGAAGAGACGGUGCGUGGUUAUAAAGCGGAGCACUACUACCCAGUAAGGACUGGCAACCUGUUCCACAAUCGGUACAAAGUCAUUGGCAAACUCGGCUUCGGAUCAGCCUCAACUGUCUGGCUCUGUCAUGACUUACAGAAAAGGAAAGAGUACGUCGCGCUCAAGGUUUAUAUCAACAGCUCCAAGGUGCACCGCGAACUCCCGAUUUACACUCAUAUCAACAGCCUAGACUCGCAGCACGGAGGGCGCAACCAUGUACGAAAAUUGCUGGAUUCCUUCGAUAUUAGUGGUCCUAACGGGAGGCAUACUUGUCUUGUCCACGAGGCGCUAGGGAUGAAUUUAGAGGAGCUACGGGAAUUAGUCCCUGGUCGAGUAUUCGCAGCGGAUCUUAUCCGUCAGAGCCUUCGCGAUGUGUUACGUGGGAUGCACUUCUUACACGAAGAAGCUCAUGUUGUUCAUACAGACAUACAACCCAAGAACAUUCUGCUUGGUGUCUUAGAUACUUCUGCAUUCGCCAGAUUUGAGCAAUACGAACAGGAACACCCGAUGCCAUGCAAAGAAACACCUUCCGGUACCGUGUAUGUUUCGCGGCAAAUGCCAUUGACAAAAGGCGCCCCAUCACUCUGUGAUUUGAGCGAGGCACGUUUUGGUAACAUUCCAAACGUCGAUCUUGUGAUGCCUGACGUUUAUCGAGCGCCCGAGGUUAUACUAGGAAUGCCAUGGAGCUAUUCAAUCGAUGUGUGGGGUUUUGCUAUGACACUAUGGGACUUGUUCGAGCCGAAACGGCUGUUCUCCCCAUAUGACGAGAAUGGACGCUACUCAGAGCAUCGCCAUAUUGCUCAAAUGAUGUCAAUUAUGGGACCUCCACCGCUAGAAUUUAUACGUCAAUCCGCGAAGAGCCAGCAAUUUUGGGACGAUGAAGGUACAUGGAGAGAUGUUGUACCCUUGCCAAACAUUAGUCUCGAGGCUGCAGAAAAACGACUACAGGGGGAGGAGAAGGAACUCUUUCUAACCUUUUUAAGAAAGAUGCUUCAAUGGAGGCCUGAAGAUAGGAAAGGCAUUCAAGAUGUUUUCAUGGAUGAGUGGCUUCUAGAUGAUCUCAUCAAGGCUGGAGAAGUGGUACGCGAGCAAUAACAAGGCGCCUAUUCUAAGAGGUCUCAUACGCUAUGUCCCAGGUAUUUGUGAUUAUCCGGACGAGAGUAGUAUGCGUGACUCGCUACUACAUUGAUAAGUGCAACCAGCUCAGCGAAGCAGUCUGCCAAUAACAUCGGACGUGCCGCUAGUUAUUGUUUUAUCUGCUGCACAUCAGUUUCAUUUAGCGCCAGCUCCAAUUUUAGACUAAUUGCUUGCAACAACAUAAAU